UGAACGGCUGCUGUGUGUUUGGGAAUGAGAUGUACUGUACUAUGUUUGUCUGAAAUACCCCAUUGCAACCUGUCUGGAUCUAACGACACACAUUCACAUUCAGGAAGAUGCAUGCAUGGGUGAAACUGCACUCAGGUCCUAAAUGGACACAACUGCAUCCUCAGUUUCUCUUCUGGAUCUAGUCCCAUAUUCAAAGGCCGCGUGGGGGACUGCUCCGAGCGCUCCUGAGGCGGGAUCUGUCGGCAGGUGUGUCAGCGGGCUGGCUCCUCCCCCUCCCGGCGGCAGCCUGCGCUCUCAGCCGCCCCCUUGCACCCCCCGCUCGCCAGGCCUGCGCGCCCGAGCCCAUGCCCCCAGCUCAAACGCCAUGUGUGUCCCGCACACGAUGGAGGCGGGCAAGCACAGUGCUAGCCAGGGGCCGAGCAGCCGCGACGGGGUUCCCCUGGAGCCCUUCAUACACCAGGUGGGCGGCCACACCAGCAUGAUGCGUUAUGAUGACCACACCGUCUGCAAGCCACUCAUCGCCCGUGAGCAACGGUUUUACGAGUCCCUGCCACCGGAGAUGAAGGAGUUCACCCCGGAGUACAAAGGCGUGGUGCUGGUGUGUUUCGAGGGCGACUCCGACGGCUACAUUAAUCUGGUGGCGUACCCGUAUGAAGAGAGCGAGGGUCUGGAUCAUGAGGAGCUGUCGGAGAGAGAUCAGCCUCGCCGGAAACACUCUCGCCGUAGCCUGCACCGCUCCAGCAGCGAGAUUAAGGAGGACCGGCCCGCACACGACAGCGACGGCACCGACAGUCUGCAGGAGUUGAAGAGUCCUCUUCUGGAUCUCCAUAUGCAUUCGGAUGUGCCGUUCCAGAUGCUGGACAGCAACAGUGGCCUGAGCUCAGAGAAGAUCAGCCACAACCCCUGGAGUCUGCGCUGCCACCGACAGCAGCUCAGCCGCAUGCGCUCCGAGUCCAAGGACAGGAGGCUCUACAAGUUCCUGCUGCUGGAGAACGUGGUCCAUCACUUCAGCUUCCCCUGCAUCCUGGACCUGAAAAUGGGCACUCGGCAGCACGGGGACGACGCCUCCGAGGAGAAGGCCGCCCGCCAGAUGAAGAAGUGCGAGCAGAGCACGUCUGCCACGCUAGGAGUGCGUGUGUGUGGCAUGCAGGUGUACCAGAUGGACACGGGUCACUAUCUAUGCAGGAACAAGUACUACGGCCGGGGUCUUUCCACCGAGGGGUUUCGACACGCACUCUUUCAGUUCAUGCACAAUGGGACGCAGCUGCGCAAAGACCUUUUAGAGCCCAUCCUGAGCAAACUGUGCAGCCUGAAGAGUGUGCUGGAGCGCCAGGCCUCGUACCGCUUCUACUCCAGCUCCCUGCUCAUCAUCUACGAGGGCAAGGACCCGGAGUGUGCCGACCCCUCGGAGGAGAGCCAGGCCUCUCAGGACAAGCCUCGGGCGCUGAGUGUGGACGUGCGCAUGAUAGACUUCGCCCACAGCACCUUCAAGGGUUUCCGGGAUGACCAAACCGUCCACGACGGCCCGGACCGCGGAUACGUGCUCGGACUCGAGAGCCUCGUCAACAUCUUGCAGCAGAUCCGCGAGGAGAACCAGUAGCCAACCAGUCGGCCCUUCGGUUGCAGUCCAACAUGCAACGCUACUCCCUCCAGACUGUUGACAUUUUCAUAGAAAAGCAACGAUGUUUAUAAAGAUUGCACAUUACGCAAACCUAAAGGUGUGUUUUCUGUUUCUCAGUUAGUAUUUGAGCCAUGAGGGAUUCAUGUACACCAGAAAUGGAGGCAGGUUCUUGGCUCUGCUGUCCCGAGAGAGACGGCCACUAGUCCGCCUCUCCUCGACAGGAGAUGUUUCAGUGUGUUCGUCACGUGGACUCAUCGCCAUCAUGUGACCGGCUGAAGAACUGCAGUCAUGAACCAGGAGCUCAGGGCACGUCUGCUGUCAGGGUCUCUCUUAAAGUGUGUGUGUGUGUGUGAGAGAGUGUGUGGGUGGGUGGGUGGGGGUGUGUGUGUGUGUGUGUGUGUGGUGAAUCACAAGAUGAAAUGCCCAGGUCACAUUUUACCCCAAGUUCACAAGAAAUUAUGAAGCCGAUUUUAGGACCUUUAAGAUUUUUGUGCCAUUAUUUUCAUGAUAAAUUAAGCAUGAAUGCAUUUCUACCUAAAACUUCCAGAAACACUGAUUGUGUUUUCCAUUUAUUAAUAUAUUAUAAUUAUGCUUAAUUAUGAAAAUAAUGUCACAAUGCAAACAAAAUCUUACUGGUUUUAAACAUAUCUUGAUGCAGUAAUGUGAUUUUCUUGUGCUGUUUGGGGCUGGAAUAUGAGCUGUAGUUCCCAGCAUUUCUCCAGGGGUUUAAAGGGAGGCGUUUAGCUCAGAGUCGCUGGUUAAAGCUUUAUUGUAGAGCUGGUGGUUUUAAACCACUCUUCUCUGAUGACAAGAUGAUGGAUCUGGCCUUAUGGCAAUAGUUGAAUGGACAGCUUAGUUAUGUUCGUCUAUUUAACCAGUCAGGUGAUGUUUUUUUUGGUAGCUAUCUUACUCUGUACAUUUAGAGCAAUCAUUCAAUUUGACAGUUUUUACAUAUUUGUUGGGAUAGUAUAUUUGUAGUCUUGAAUAUAGAUUAUCCUUGUGUUACAAAGUCUUUCCCUGUCAGCAACGAGGUUAUCAUUACAGAAGAAAACCUCACUGCAAAAAACAUAAUUUUCUUAAUCUGUCGAAAUUUUUAAACAUCCUUAAAACAUUGAAAAGCAAAAUUGUGUAGGGUAUUAAGAUUACAGAAAAAAAAGUCUCAAAUUAAUUUCUCACCUCAUUGGCAAAUCUUGAUUUAAGGCAAGCAACAAAAAAAAUAAUUCUUUAAUAUUUGAAACAAUUUUGCUUCUCCAUUUAUAUGGCAUAUUUGGAUAAUUUUGCUGAAAAACAGGCGAGAUAAAACGGCUGAUUAAGAAACUUAUCUUUGCUUUAGUUCGUGCUCACUAACAUCUGCACUGUAAAUGAUUAUAAAGAGCAUGUCUUUUCAUUUGGUUUUGUUUUGUAUUCAUUUUGAAGGGUUGUCUUUUAACUACACCGAUACACAGUGACGAUUUGCCAUCAGCAAAUGUAGCAAGAUUCGUCCCUAGGUUGGUCCUCGUGAGAAUGACACGUUCAGCAUGUUCUCUGUCUAGAUGAAUCAUUUAUUGCACUAUAGUGUCAACCUCUUGCUGAAACAUGGACACUUUUUUGCAUUCUCUGGGAAACAGACAUCACAUCCGCCUGUAGUAGCAGUUGAGCAAAUAUACUGUAAUAACUGUUCGUUCGUUCGUUCGUUCGUUCGUUCGUCUUGUCCUACAUUUAUUGACUUUGGUCACAUGUGGUGUAUAAAUCAUAAAUCAACAUGGCAUCUAUGCGGAGUUGUGCCGUAGGGAUGUGUCUGUGUUUAGACGUGUGAUUUUGGUCAAUAGCCAUAACUGGGACGUCCAGGAGUGUAUCGCGUGCAUUAAUGUUUUAUAACAGAGUCAUCACAGCACAUCAGGUCAUUUCUUUAAUCGUUGAAGGGAAACGUUUGAAGAACAAAUGCCACAUGCGUGAUGUGAUGUGUUCUCUCACAAUAAAUGAGCAAUGUACUAAAGUUACAUUUAGAAUACAUCAUUACUAACAUGAUUAAAGUGUAGCUGGUUUGUGUAUCUAAACCUUUCUUUUGUGCCGAACCAUGAGAGAGGAACGCUGAUUCAUAGAUUUGGCAUAAAAAGAAAGAAUAUUAUUACCCCUCAUCCUGAAAACGAUCCUUUUAUCUUUAUUGUUGUUGCAUGGAUGGGUAUUUUUUUAAGAAAAAAUUAUAUGACAACUUUGAAUGUGAGAUAUAAAUUGUUUAUUUAAGUAAAGUUGUCUUGUCUCUUUAA